CGUACCGCCACACGGCUUCAUCACCAACUCUCCCCAAAUCCUCCCCGCGCCCUCAGGUACUGCGCCGCCGCCGCCGCCGCCGUAGGCUUCCGGCCGUGAGCUGCUGAGACGGAGGAGUGUGACUCCGGGGCUCAGCCGCCUCAGAUGGCGGGGGCGCUGGCAGGAGCUGGGAUCGUGUGGCAGACGCCGGCCAACCCGCCCGAGGCGCAGGACUACAUCUUCCGCAACGGGCGGCGCUACGUGAGGCCCUAUUACUUCGAGUUCAUCUCCCAUGCGAAGAACAGAUGGGCUGGGAAGACCAUUGUAGAUCUCUUCACGGAUGAAUUCAAGGGGCGCCCCCGUGAAUACUAUGUUCAUGCAGUGAAGUGCGGGAGGCUUCAGGUGGAUGAGCAAAUGGUUCAGGCAGACUAUAUUGUGAAAUCAUCACAAAAGAUAAGCCAUUUCUUGCACAGGCAUGAGCCACCAGUCUUGGGUGGUAAUAUUGUAAUCCUUCAGAAUGAAGUUGAUGUUGUAACUGUUUGCAAGCCGGCAUCUGUUCCAGUUCAUCCCUGUGGACAAUACCGUAAAAACACCGUAGUAGGAAUUAUGGAGGCAGAGCAUGGAUUGACACCUCUAUUUCCUGUGCAUCGGUUAGACCGGUUAGUUUCAGGUCUCCUUAUAUUCGCUAAAAGUGCUGAACGAGCAGAACGUUUCAGGCAGCAGAUAGAAGCUAAUUUGCUGCAGAAAGAGUAUGUAGCCAAAGUUGUUGGUGUAUUUCCUGAAGGCGAGCAAACUGUUGAUGCUAAUGUAAACUUCAAUGCACGGGAAGGAAGGAGCACUGUCGAGGUUUCUAAUGGUCCUGGUAAAGCCAUCCCAAGUGGAAAACAAGCAUGCACCAAGUUUCAGAGGAUUUGCACUGAUGGGAACCACAGCAUUGUCUUGUGCAAACCUGUCACUGGCCGAACUCACCAGAUACGGGUGCAUCUAAAACACCUUGGUUACCCAAUAGCUAAUGAUGAGCUCUAUGUUUCGGGGAAUUUUUGCCCACGUUCAUCAAAGGGAACGAGUAUCCAUAGGGCAACCUCAUUAGUGUGCUCAUUGCCAUCACCAGAUCCUGACAACAGCGCUGAAGCCGAUUUGGACUUUGGUAUUGAUCCAAUGUGCACAAACUGUCCAAACCUUGCUCCCGUCGGUUAUGAUGGCGACGAGGAGGGAUUAUGGCUGCAUUGUGUGCGGUAUACUGGUCCUGAUUGGUGCUACGAGUGCCCAUAUCCUGACUGGGCCUCCCUUGAUAAUGUAGCAGGGAAGAGAAUGAAAUCUGAUAUAGCAUUUCCCACUCCAGAAAAUUAAGCCAAGAAAGCACUUGACGUCCUGAUGGUGGCGGGUAGCCCAUCGACUAGCACUGCUGAAAUUUUGGAUGCUUAUGAUCACUUCGAUGCCUAUAUCUUUUAUGGAUGUAACUCUUUGUAGGGAUGUGUGUGGUUCAUAUGGUAUAUCGCAGUGAGCUUCGCUGUUAGAUCAAUUAGUCAUGUUGGUUUCAUACCGGCAUACCUCUCUGAAGCUUUACAUAACAUAUGAUCACAUCCAUCUGAAAAUUUUACCAAGAUAUGAUACUUUAUGGUUUGAGCAUGGUGUGAUCAUGGUGUAGCUGGUGUCGUAAGCAGCACCUGAAAACAAUGAUUCAAACAGAAAACUGUUUAUGGCUGGAACUAAAAACUCUGCUCUGUUUCAGAAAUAUAUGUUGUUGAAGAGGCAGAGCACAUACAAGGUCUAGGUUGUUCAUGAUGACUUCAUUCCUGAAUGCACAUGUUUCAGCAUAAGGAACACACAGUUUAUUUUUCUUUGGAGCACCUAUGCAUCGGGUGCUUGAUUUUUGUUUAUGCGCCAGUCACUUUUUUCUAUCAGGAAGAUUUUCGCCUAACGGCUGGUUUCCUCUCCAUUUAUCAAUUGCCUGAAAACAUAUUACAUUUAA